CUGCCCCUAACAACAGUCAUGCCUCGUGGUAAGAAGAGUAAGCUUCGUGCCCGUGAGAAGCGCCACCAAGCCCAAAGUAAAGACCAGGGUCACAGGGAUGCUCAGGCCACUGCAGGAGGGGAAGAAGAGUCUCCCGCACCCCCCUCGCUUAUGUCAAAGGGUACACCCCCCAGCUCCUCUGCUGCAGGCACUUCCCAGAAGUCUCAGAGAGUCCUGGCCUCCACUUCUGCUGCAACCAUUUCCUGCAUGAGUUCUGGUGAAAGUGCCAAGAGCCAAAGGAAGGAAAGGUCAAGUUCUUCCAGGGCCCCGCCCUCUUCAGAGAGCUAUAGAGAAGAUCCUCUGGCCAAUAAAGUAAGCAUGUUAGUGCAGGUUCUGUUGCACAAGUAUAAAAUGAAAGAGCCCAUUACAAAGGAAGAAAUACUAAAGGUUAUCAACAAAAGGUACAAGAUGCACUUUCCUGAAAUCCUCCAGAGAGCCAGUGAGCGCAUGGAGCUGGCUUUUGGCCUUGACCUGAAGGAAGUUGACCCCACUCGUCACUGUUAUAUCCUUGUCAGCAAACUGGAUCUUCCCAUUGAAGAGAGUCUGAGCGACGGUGGCAUGGGCCUUCCCAAGAACGGACUCCUGAUGCCUCUCCUGGGUGUGAUCUUCUUGAACGGCAACCGUGUCACCGAAGAAGAGAUGUGGGAAUUCCUGAAUAUGAUGGGGGUCUAUGCUGAGAGGAGGCACUUCAUCUUCGGGGAUCCCAGGAAGCUCAUCACCGUAGAUCUGGUGCAGCAAAAGUUCCUGGAGUACCGCCAGGUGCCUGACAGUGAUCCUGGAUGCUACGAAUUCCUAUGGGGCCCAAAAGCCUACAGUGAAACCAGCAAAAUGAAAGUCUUGGAGUUUUGGGCCAAAGUCAAUAAUACAGCCCCCAGCGCCUUCCCAACCCAGUAUGAGGAGGCUCUGAGAGAUGAGGAAGAGCGCGCCCGAGCCAGAGCAGCGGCCAGGGCCCGCGCUCCGGCCAAGACCAGCAGCUCCUCCCAGCGCCCGUGA